AUGCCUCAUAAAUGGCACCAUGGCAUCCAGCCACCUAUAACGAAUCAACAAAGUGAACUGGAUACUCUAGCUGCUACUUUCAAACAAUUAGAGAACCAAAAGGGCGAAGCUCAAAAGCGCUUGAAUGACCUAAAAGCUCAGUGCUCAGCCGUAGACAAAGAAUUGGAAGAAGUGAAUGCCGAAUUAGCACUAGAGCAAGAAAAGGUGGACAAAUUACGAACGCAAGCUGAGCAACAGGAGGAGACAUUGCAGGCUCAAGAAAGUGAAUUAACGUCUAAAAAGCAGGAACUGCAGGGGCUGAAGGAAGAAGAACAGAAACUUCAAGAGCAGCAAGAUAUUGCUCAACAGCAACUUGAACAACUGACUAAAAAAUUACAAGAUAUGCAGCUUGAAUUCAGCCAGAGUAAAGCUCAAAUAACGCAAUUAGAAGAGAACCAACGCCAAAUAAGCGAUGCAGUAAAAGCUUGUGAAAGUGCUAUAGCUUCCGGUGAUCCAUUAUCUGUUCCACAAUUUGCACUUGAAAUUCGACCAGAAUUCCGCGAUGCUAUUGUGAAAACUAAUGGCCAGGCUGAUGAUGCAUUUACAAAGUCGGAUGAUCCUUUCAGUAUGAAACCAAAUCAAACUUCGUUUAGUACUCCAGAUCCAUUUGCAGCAGAUGAUAAAGCGUUUAAAACCAACGGUUUCGACAGCGAUCCAUUUGCAAAUCAAGAUGCUUUUGGCAGCGAUCCUUUUACAAAACCGACGAACGAUCCAUUCGGUGCUUCUCAACAAAAUGACCCAUUCGGCGAUAAAACAGCAACUGCCAAGCCAGAUGAGGAUAAAGACGCAUUUGGCUGCGAUCCAUUUGCGGUUCUACAUGCACCAACAAGAGCCGAGAGUCCGAGCCCGGCCUUACCUCCCAAAAAGAGUAAGAAUCCACCACCGCGACCAGCACCACCAAAACAAGGCCCCGCGAGACCACCGCCUCCGAAGCAGGCGCUCACCAAUAGUUUCGCCGAUUUUGCGGACUUCGAUAGCAAGCAAAUAACAUCGGCAUUCAACUCUAACACGAAGCCUAAUAAAGGGCUAGAGAAGGCACCACCAGCGACUGUUAAAGUCCAAGACUUCACAGACGAUCCGUUUAGGGACUAUAGAUAUGAAGAUUUAGCUAAUAUAGCUGAUCCUUUUAUGGAUGAAUUGAAUAACGAACACAAGGCAUCGGAUAAUUCUGUAAUAAAUAAUUUCGAUGCGUUUUCUUCUUCAAACGAUUGGUUUUCUACUACUUCUAACGCAAAAAACAAAAACGCUUCGAGUGUAGAUCUUUUCGGUUUGGAUGUCUUUGAUGGUAACAUGAACCAAACGGUGAACGAUGGAAGAGCAUCAGAACCACCUAGGCCCUUAUUGGAUUCUUCGAGAUUGAUGGUAGACAAUACAGCCAGUGGCCGAAUUUCCGCCCCGAUUAUUUCGGAAGAGAAACAACUGGCCUGGGCGGCUGCCGAGAGCCGGCGGGCCGAAGAAUUGAGAUUAAAAAGGGUCAGGCAGGAACAAGAGGAUCUCGAACUAGCCCUGGCCCUUAGUCGAGCGGAGAAACAGUCGUAGCUGGUAACGUGAUAGGUUUGUCAUAUUAUUGUACAAUUUUUGUCUCGUUAUAAGAUUUCUUUAUUAUUGUCAUUGAAUUAGUUGAACGUAUGUGUUAUGUAUUUUGUAGGAUCGCGCCAUUCCGCGCUUGUGUAUAUAUGAUAUAUAUGUAUAGUAGAAUUUUAAAAUAUAUUUAUGUUGUUAUAUAGAACCUUUACAAGCUGGAGAUUAUUUCAUGAGAUUGUAGAGACCCCUGCAUUUCAUUACGUUUCGUACAAAUGUUUCGUUUUCAGUAUUAGAUAAGCAAAA